AUGCUCCGACAGUCUCUGGCACGUUCGGCUUGGCGGACAGGCAGGCGGACCGCCAACGCCUCGCGGACCUUCGCGACCACCCCGAGACGCCAAGCAGAGGUUGAAUUGACAGUUGAUGGAAAGAAGGUUUCAAUUGAAGCCGGCUCUGCCCUGAUCCAAGCUUGCGAGAAAGCGGGCGUUACAAUCCCCAGAUAUUGCUACCAUGAGAAACUCAUGAUUGCCGGAAACUGCCGAAUGUGCCUGGUAGAGGUCGAAAAGGCCCCUAAGCCCGUGGCUUCAUGUGCUUGGCCAGUGCAGCCCGGUAUGGUUGUCAAGACCAACUCACCCAUCACUCACAAGGCCCGAGAGGGUGUCAUGGAAUUCUUGCUCGCCAACCACCCGCUCGACUGCCCCAUUUGCGACCAGGGAGGCGAGUGUGAUCUUCAGGACCAGUCUAUGCGAUACGGAGCCGACCGUGGACGAUUUCACGAGGUUGGCGGCAAGCGUGCCGUCGAGGACAAGAAUAUCGGACCUUUGAUCAAGACCUCGAUGAACCGAUGCAUCCACUGCACUCGAUGUGUCCGCUUCGCCAACGAUAUUGCUGGUGCUCCUGAGCUGGGUUCCACCGGCCGCGGCAACGACCUGCAGAUCGGUACUUACCUCGAGAAGAACCUGGAUUCCGAAUUGUCCGGCAAUGUCAUCGAUCUUUGCCCUGUCGGCGCCCUGACCUCCAAGCCCUACGCCUUCCGUGCUCGUCCUUGGGAACUGAAGCAUACUGAGUCUAUCGACGUCCUUGAUGGCCUUGGCUCCAACAUCCGUGUCGACUCUCGUGGCCUUGAAGUUAUGCGUGUUCUUCCCCGUCUCAACGAUGACGUGAACGAGGAGUGGAUCAACGACAAGUCUCGAUUCGCCUGUGAUGGUCUCAAGACCCAGCGCCUGACCAUGCCCUUGAUUCGCCGCGAGGGCAAGUUCGAGGCUGCUGAUUGGGAGGAAGCUCUCACCGAGGUCGCCAAGGCCUGGGAGGCCAAGAGGCCUCAAGGCAAUGAGUUCAAGAUUAUUUCUGGAGCCCUGACCGAGGUUGAGGCUCUUGUUGUUGCCAAAGAUAUGGCCAACAAGCUCGGAUCCGAGAACCUCGCCUUGGACACUCCCACUGGUAGCCAGCCCAUUGCUCACGGUAUCGACGUUCGAUCCAACUAUCUGUUCAACUCUCGCAUCUGGGGCAUUGAGGAGGCUGAUUGCAUCCUGAUUGUCGGCAGCAACCCUCGACAUGAGGCUGCCGUCUUGAAUGCCCGUAUCCGUAAACAGUGGCUGCGAUCUGAUCUUGAGAUUGGCGUUGUCGGCGAGACUUGGGACUCUACCUUUGAGUUUGAGCACCUUGGAGCCGACCACGCCGCCCUCAAGAAGGCUCUCACUGGCCCCUUUGGAAAGAAACUGCAGGCUGCCAAGAGACCCAUGAUUAUCGUCGGCUCUGGCGUCACUGACCAUGCUGAUGCCAAGGCUUUCUACGAGACUGUUGGUGCCUUUGUCGAGAAGAACGCUGCGAACUUCACCACCCCGGAGUGGGAUGGUUAUAAUGUUCUGCAGAGAGAGGCCUCAAGAGCCGGCGCUUUCGAGGUUGGCUUCACCACUCCCUCUGCCGAAGUUGCCCAGAGCAAGCCCAAGUUCGUCUGGUUGCUGGGUGCCGACGAGUUCAACGAGGCCGAUAUCCCCAAGGACGCCUUUGUCGUCUACCAGGGCCACCACGGUGACCGAGGUGCUCAGAUUGCCGACGUUGUUCUCCCCGGCGCUGCUUACACUGAGAAGGCUGGUACUUACAUCAACACUGAGGGUCGCGUUCAAACUACCCGCGCUGCCACCUCACUGCCCGGCGCGUCCCGCACGGACUGGAAGAUUCUCCGCGCUGCCAGUGAGUUCUUGGGCGUCCCUCUGCCUUACGACGACCUCGCCGCUGUUCGCGACCGCAUGAUUGAGAUUUCACCUGCUCUGGCUGCAUACGACGUUGUUGAGCCCGUUGCUCUUCGACAGCUUAGCAAGGUUCAGCUAGUGGACCAAAACAAGGGAUCAAAGGCUACAGGCGAGCCUUUGAAGAAGGUCAUUGACAACUUUUAUUUCACAGACGUCAUCUCUAGAAGUUCACCAACCAUGGCACGCUGCUCUGCUGCCAAAGCUACCGGAGACCCCAGAACAAACUUUAUGGCCCCUGGCAUGGAGGAGGAUCGGCCCAUGGGCCAGGUUGCUUAUGGAGCGUAA